AUCAACCCAAUAUCACUAAUAACCAUUACAGCCAGCAUCAUCAUAAGCACCCUAUUAACCACUACAACAACACACUGACUUAUAGCCUGAGUCUGCCUAGAAAUUAAUACCCUAUCUAUAGUACCAAUAAUCUCCAAACCCCACCACCCUCGAGCAACAGAGGCAACAACAAAAUACUUCCUUACACAAACUCUUGCCUCCAUGACUAUCCUAUUCGCAACAACCAUAAACGCACUAAACACCUCAAAUUGAGAAAUUUCCCUCACCACAGAAACUACAACCAUAAAAAUCAUCACCUUAGCUCUAAUAAUAAAAAUAGCAGCAGCACCAUUCCACUUCUGACUCCCAGAAGUAGCACAAGGCACUACAACACUAACAACUCUAAUUAUUCUAACCUGACAAAAAAUCGCCCCCCUUAGCAUUCUAAUAAUAAACCACAACAACACCAACCUAACAAUCCUAAGCUCAUCAGCAAUCCUGUCCGUAAUUGUGGGGGGGGUAGGGGGACUUAACCAAACCCAACUCCGAAAACUUUUAGCCUUCUCAUCAAUCGCCCACACAGGCUGAAUCCUCGCUACUAUCACCCUAGCACCAAACAUCUCCACUCUCACCUUUCUAAUUUACACAAUAACCACCACCCCCAUCUUUCUCACACUAAACACAUCAUCGACAACAACUAUCAAAGAUAUAGGAAUCAUAUGAACUACCUCCCCACACCUUAUACUAAUCACACUACUAAUCAUCCUAUCUCUUGCCGGCCUACCCCCUCUCACAGGAUUUAUACCAAAAUGACUCAUCCUAAACAAAAUAGCCGCCCUCAACCUAACGACAGAAGCCACCCUCAUAGCCAUAUCCUCCCUUCCCAGCCUUUAUGUCUAUAUCCGACUAACCUAUAUUCUAACCAUAACUAUACCCCCCCACACAUCCACCACACAAAUAAAAUGACGAUCAUCACACAAAACACACCCCCUUCUAUCAACCACACUAGCGACCAUAAUAAUAUUACUCCUGCCACUCUCACCAAACAUAU